AUGCUUCUUCGGUCCUUUAGGAGAAUUCCGCCGUCGCUCCUGCUAGUCGUCCUAUUUCUAGCCUUCUUCGGAUGGCAGCUCAGCCAGGGCACGAAGCACGAGGAGGGCCCAGUGGGCCACGAGGUCGUUCCCCAAGAAGAGAAGACGGGGCCCCGCAUCGCGAUCAUGACCUUUGUGACGGAGCAGCGAUCAUACCUGCAUAUAGUUCUCAAAAAUAAGGACCACUAUGCGCGUCGCCAUAACUACGAUCUCAUCCUUGACUACGAACAUCACAGCGAGCGCGGCGUGAUGUUUUGGAAGUUCGAAAUGGCAGAGCGCCUCAUCAAGACAGGCAAAUACGACUGGAUAUGGUGGAUGGACUUUGACACAUUGAUCACGAACACAGACAUCAAGGUCACCGACGUUAUACACGAUGCACUGGAGUCAGUCCCGAAUCCCGAAGACAUCGACUACAUAAUCACGCACGACUGCAACGGUUUUAACGGGGGCUCAUUUUUGAUCCGUGGCCACGAGCGAUCGCUGAAAUUCAUGCAUGAUUCAACAAAGAUACAUGACGAUGCGAAGGCUGCGGACAUCAACAUGAGCGAGCAGGACUCGAUCGUCAAGCUCAUGCGUGACGACCCAACGUCAAUGGAUGGGGUGCUUGUGAUACCACAAACGAAAUUAAAUGCAUUCCCCACGGAGAUCUCUUGCUACGACGAAGAGAAGAAAGCAUGGGAGCAUGGCACAUUCGUCUUACAUUUCGCCGGCGCCUGGGCGUAUGUCAAGGGCGAAGAUCCUACGGGCUACUUGAUGAAGAAGUAUGACUCUGAAAUUAUGUGGGGUGAUUGGAAGCAGUUUUACUGAUUGAAAGUGAGGAGAUGGGGAGUUUCCUGGCGUUCCAAUGAUAUCUUUUCGACUUUCACUAGUAGUGUUGUUGCUCGAACGUUUGUUGUCGGGUUGUGACUAAGCUCACUCCAACAACUGAUGUCAUCUGUAGCGGCUAAGGAGCGCGUUCUACGCACGCUUUGUUCCUUAAAUCAGAUUUUUUUUUCGUCUUC